AUGGAAUGUGGGCAAGCCUUUAGCGUGAAGUCAUAUUUCAUCAGACACCAGAGGACACACUCAGGGGAGAAACCUUACGUUUGCACGGAGUGUGGGCAAAGAUUUACCCGCAAGUCAUCUCUCCUUACACAUCAGAGGAGACACUCAGGCGAGAAGCCUUAUAUUUGCAAGGAGUGUGGUCGAGGCUUUACACAGAAAUCCGUUCUCAUCAGACAUCAGAGAACACACCCAGGGGAGAACCCUUAUAUCUGCAACGAGUGUGGACAUUCCUUUACCUGCAAGGCAAAUCUUAUUACCCAUCAGAGAACACACUCCGGGGAGAAGCCUUAUGCCUGCCAGGAGUGUGAACAAAGGUUUACCUGGCAUUCAACUCUUAUUGCCCACGAGAGGAGACACUCGGGCGAGAAACCUUAUGUUUGUGAGGAGUGUGGGAAAAGCUAUGCUAUGAAGUCUCAUUUCAUUACACACCAGAGAACACACACAGCGGAAAAACCGUAUGUGUGUACGGAGUGUGGGGAAAGCUAUGCCAUGAAGUCUUACCUCAUCAGACACCAGAGGACACACUCUGACGAGAAGCCUUUUGUGUGUAAUGAAUGUGGGAGAGGCUUUACGUGUAAAUCAACGCUCAUCAGACAUCAGAGGAUACACUCGGGGGAGAAACCUUACGUUUGCAAGGAUUGUGGGCAAAGCUAUGCCAUGAAGUCUUAUCUCAUCAGACACCAAAGGACACACUCAGGUGAGAAGCCUUAUCUUUGCAUGGAGUGUGGGAAAAGUUUUGCCUGUAAGUCAGCUGUCAUCAUCCAUCAGAGGAUACACUCCGGGGAGAAGCCUUACGUUUGUGAGGAGUGUGGGAGGAGCUUUACGUGUAAGUCAACUCUUAUCAGACAUCAGAGGACACACUCAGGGGAAAAGCCUUAUGUUUGCAAGGAGUGUGGACAAAGGUUUACCUGGAGUUCAACUCUCAUUGCACACCAGUGGGUACACUCAGGUGAGAAGCCCUUUAUUUGCAAGGACUGUGGGCAGGCAUUUACCCGGAAGACAUAUCUCGUCAAUCACCAGAGGAUCCACGCAGGGGAGAUGACUUUUAUUUACAAGGAGUAA